ACUCAGAGGAAGCAACCCCGACAACGACAACUUCGACAACAAACCGCCACAAUGAGAACGUACGACGAUACUUUCUCCGGCCAGCGGAUCUACCCUGGCAAGGUACGACUUGUCCAUCCUUACGACUGCGACCGACGGCGAGGACCUCCCCACCUCCGAGUCAAGCGGCGACACGAUCGCUGCUCGCGGAAACGGCGAUGACGCUAGACAAGGAUCGGUGUUGGAGCACUCGUCGAUGGCGCGAUUGGAAAAGCGUUGGAAAAUAGGGCGAUUGAAUGGCUGACGGUGGUUCUCAAUCACAGGGUAAGCUGUACGUCCGUGGCGACAGCAAGAUCUUCCGGUUCCAAAACGGCAAAUCCGAGUCCCUCUUCCUGCAGCGCAAGAACCCCCGCCGCAUUGCCUGGACAGUUCUCUACCGGAGGCAACACCGGAAGGGUAUUUCUGAGGAAGUCGCGAAGAAGCGCACCCGCCGCACCGUCAAGUCGCAGCGUGCUAUCGUCGGUGCUUCUCUCGAUGUGAUCAAGGAGCGCCGCUCGAUGCGCCCCGAGGCCCGGAGCGCCGCUCGCCUCGCCGCCAUCAAGGAGAGCAAGGAGAAGAAGGCCGCUGCCCAGGCCGCCAAGAAGGCUGAGAAGGCCAAGAGCGCUGCCGGUGCCGCCAAGGGCCAGGCCCAAGGUCGCAUCAUCAACAAGCAGGGCGCGAAGGGUGCGCCGGUCAAGGUGGCUGCCAAGAGCCGUUAAAGAUCUCUUGAGGUGGUUGCUGUCCGGGAAAGGGGGGGGGGGUUGCAUGUUCUUCUUGAGCCAAAGGGGAAUGGUCGAGAGGAGAGCAAAUACAUGAUAUCUUACGGUCUUGCCUGUGGCCGGAAGGGAAAACGCUGGAGUCGGUCGGUCGGUACUCGGUUUUUUGCCUGCUCAGCUCUCUUAAAGGGUUAUGCUCUCGCAACAAGUUGACAAGACAACUUGUUUUUGAAAGGGCCGGUUGCAUGGAUCCUGCGUAACGGGUAGAGGACAUUUUGCAUGGGUAGCACACAGAAUGCCAACUUAUGCAUUGGUCUGAGAUAAAUCCACGAUUCAGGGGCACAGCCGAAAUGGACUUGGGAAGUCGGUUCGGCCGUCUAUGAGUUAAGAAACGGAAGUGACCUCUAUCACAGCCCUCCUCUGUCCCGCUCUAGAAACCAA